CGCCCCCUUUCUGCGCGUGCGCGGAGCCGAGUCCCGCUGGGCCGCAGCCCGUGGCCCGGCGUUCGCCCUGGGUCUACGCCCGGCCCACUGCUCGGUCCCACCGGACGGUCAGACCCGCGGAGGCGGCAGGAUGUCGCAGACGGCCAUGUCCGAGACCUACGAUUUCUUGUUUAAAUUCUUGGUUAUCGGAAAUGCAGGAACUGGCAAAUCUUGCUUACUCCAUCAGUUUAUUGAAAAAAAAUUCAAAGAUGACUCAAAUCAUACAAUAGGAGUGGAAUUUGGUUCAAAGAUAAUAAAUGUUGGUGGUAAAUAUGUAAAGUUACAGAUAUGGGACACAGCAGGACAAGAACGAUUCAGGUCUGUGACAAGAAGCUACUACAGAGGUGCGGCUGGGGCUCUCCUUGUCUAUGACAUCACCAGCCGAGAAACCUACAAUGCGCUUACUAAUUGGUUAACAGAUGCCAGAAUGCUGGCCAGCCAGAGCAUCGUCAUCAUCCUCUGCGGGAACAAGAAGGACCUGGAUGCCGACCGGGAAGUCACCUUCCUUGAAGCCUCCAGGUUCGCGCAAGAGAACGAGCUGAUGUUCUUGGAGACAAGUGCACUAACAGGGGAGAAUGUAGAAGAGGCCUUUGUGCAGUGUGCAAGAAAAAUACUUAACAAAAUCGAAUCAGGUGAAUUGGACCCGGAAAGAAUGGGCUCAGGCAUCCAGUAUGGAGACGCUGCCCUGAGACAGCUGCGGUCCCCAAGGCGCACACAGGCCCCGAGUGCACAGGAGUGCGGGUGCUAGGAGCAGGUGUCUUCAAUGAAAUAUGGACACCAGGGAUGGAACUCAAAGAAUUUGAAGUUUUUUUACCACCAUCUUUUUUCUACUCUAUGCAGAAGUAGAUCUUUGUGGGGAAAAGACAGUGCGGGGUGUGAUGCAGGCUGGUGUGGACACACCCAGCAGCCACAUAAUGACCCUGACCAGUGGACAGCACCCUCAGACUUACGCACAUGUGUAAAAACCUCUUGUCCCGCGCUGUCCCUCUCACCUUCAGCGUGAGCCGUGACCGUGUACUGUGUGUACCCCCAUGCUUUUCCAUUGCAUGUAUCCGGUGUAUGAUAGAAUGUUGCAAUGCAGUUUAAUAUUUUUUUUAAUCAUAGGAACUGAAAAUCGUUAAUAUGAGGUGUGCUUGCUCAUCAUAUUGGUUAUAUUUAUGACCUGAUAUUCAAGGACUCUGGCAUUAAUAGCCAGUGUGUUACUUAUUUAAUUCUGCUUUCCACAUUCUGCACUGUGUUAUGUGAUCCACACUUGAAAUACCAAUGAUCAUUCACUAACAUCUUGAAAUAAAGUGAAAGGCGGAGUUUCCCAUGAACUGUAUGCCGUGCGUUCUUAGUUGACGUUAGGCUUCUGCCCAAGUCAGCCCGAGGCUCUUUACCUGUUGUCCUGCGCUGUUGUGACCCAUGUGACUGGUGCCAGGAUUCUGGUGCCUUCGACCCAUCCCCUUAGGCACACAUUCCCCCAGGACCAGGGUUACACGGCAAGCACAGGCAGCUUCUGUGCCUCCAGCUGCUGAUAUGUCUGGUCUCCCAUGAGAAAGCACCGGUUUGCUACUGUCCUUUUUCUGGAGUUCGGUAUAAGGGCAUCACUGCCUCUGUUUCAAAUCUUCCAUUAUGUUGUGUUCAGGGAGACCCACUAACUCUAACGCAUAGUAAAAGGAUACUAACUGAGAAACUUCUUCUUAGCUUUUGUUGAGUAUUUAAAUGCCCCGCUACAGUUAUGGAUUGACCUGUUUUUCACAUAGUGGGUAUAGUGAAGUAUCACAUAUAUUAUAAACAUUGUUCUUAUAACGUAGAAUGCCAGUGCAAAAACUAUAUAAUGAAAACUUUCUUUAAAGCUGAGGUACAGUAUUAAGUCAGAAAGGCUGAAAAGUAUUCUUCACAUUACAUGUCCUUCCGCUGUGACUUUUUAGUCAUAGACUGGUAAACUUACUAACAUGUAUUUAGAAGCUGCCUACUCCUUUUCUUGUCUUAUUUUAGUAAACAUAGGAGCACAGAGACACAAACUUUAGAAAAUGAUUUGGCUAAAAAUAACAGUAUGUAUCUAUUUUAGAUAUUUUAACGUUUUAGGAUUUUUUUAUCCCAUGAAUAUUUUGCUUUGAAAAUUUAGAUGCUGAAGCAAAUUCUCAAACUGAACCAUCUCUAGAAACUCGCUGGAGAGCGAUUCACUGCAGUCUCACUGGACUGCUCAGCUUGGAUCAGCCCCUUGGGGUAGGAGCACAUCAGUUCAUUCGGGGCAGGAAUUGUUUUAUGAGCAAGUUAAGACAAACUUGUUUUAUGAGCAAGCCUGUAACUAAACCGUAGAUACUAUAUAUUCCUCCAUGUUCUGUGACCAAUAAAAGUUGCUGGAGAACAGUU